CAUGUCCGCGCUCCCCGCCGGUGCCGACAUCAAGCGGGCUCUGGAGAACAGCCCCGAGACCAACAUCGAGGAUGAGCUGCCCGACGGGCCGCCGCAGCCGCGGCCCAAGAACUACCUGCUCCUCAGCAUCCUCGCCUGCUUCUGUCCCGCCUAUCCCGUCAAUAUCGUCGCCUUCGUCUUCGCCGUCAUGGCUUUAAACAGUUAUAAUCAAGGAGAUAUAGAAGGGUCAAAAAGACUGGGUCGUAAUGCACUCUGGGUUGCUGUUGCAUCAAUUAUCAUUGGCCUUGUCAUCAUUGGAAUCUAUUGCGUAGUUCAUUUCACAACGCAUGCUAUCUGAAGACGGGGACUACACUUGGAGGAUAUCAUCAUGUAAAUCUCAGGAGGGGAAAAAGAAGAGAAGAAGGAAACCCUUCAUUCCAGACUGUUAGAUUUGACCCUACCAGUCUGCAGAGGCAUGUUCCUGGUGGAUGAACUGAUAGUCCAGUUAGUUAAUCAGCAUGGCGUAACCAGGUUUUCAAAAUUAUUUAUUUAUAAAGAAUCUCAGUAUAAAGCAGCAUUUUGUCUUUUACCCUCAUGUAUGAUUAGAUCUUGCCCUAACAACUCCCUUUUCUUUCUCAUUUACAUGGAAUGUUUGCUGGAUCCAUGAUGUUCCUUGGCUGACCCUAGCCAGACAAAGCCAACAUAUCUAGACUGUUUAUAGUGUGCGGUAUAAGAUCUGAUGCAAGCCUGCUGAAGCUAGUAGAAGAACUCCUGUUGCCUCCAGUGGGUUUUGGAUCAGGCCAUUAAGGAUUUUUUUAAUUCCUUUA